AUGGCCGAAGCCGAAUUACAAUACACCCGUCGGUUGUCGGCGGACAACCAGACGGUCUCUAAAUCCGAGAUUUCCUUGAAGGAGCGGUUCUUCCGCUACUUCCAGCAUGAGAUUACCGACCUCCAGCAAAAGAUGGACCACCUCGCGGAUACUUCACUUGUGGGUGGUGAACGUGUAGACGCAACAGACCACUGUCUGGCUGGAAUUGUGCGCUUAUCGAAUGAAGUCAAAGAUGCAGCAAGCUAUAUCCCUACUUACGACCAAAGGGUGUAUGCGGAGGCCAUCAAAGCUUUGCAGGACCGACUGAGCGAGACACGUGCCACCUUCCAACCCCGUUCAAAGUUCAGCUUCAAGACCAAGAAGAACGCCUCUGCCAUCUCUUUGUCUGACGCCGCAACACUUGCAGCCGCAGGUCGGCUCAGUGUCCCUGGUUACCGUUCCCCUGGCGCCUCCUCCGCCGAUUCCUCUGCAAACCAGACACCCAACUACCCUUCCACUCCGCUCAACGAACCGGAUAGGCAGCACCAGCACCAUGAACGACCAGAAUGUGCACCUACCUCAUUCCCGAUCACUGCAGUUGAUGAUUUCGCUACAAAGUCUCACAUUGACAAGGCCAGUGGUCCAUUUGCCGCCACGGGUGUCUCCUCUGUAUCUGUCGAUGACCAUUAUGGACUGCAUAUCAUGCUUCCGUCCUCCGGAUCGAGCUCCACAGUCCCCGCCUCGAUCACCUCCUUGGAACACUGCAUUGUUGACAUGUCCAUUCCCACGGCCAAUGGAAAACCGUAUGCCAGUCUUACCGCCAAGGAUAUUAAAGAAAGCUUGCUGGUAUGCGGUCAGGUGAAUGGUCCUGCCCAUAUAACCGGUGUUGAGAAUACUGUCAUGGUCGUUUCAUGCCGUCAGUUCCGGAUGCAUAACUGCAAAGACGUUGAUGUCUACCUCAGUUGCUCUAGCAAUCCCAUUAUUGAAGACUGUUCCAAUGUCCGAUUUGGUCGGAUCCCCAAGGCUUAUGCAUUGAACCAUGACCGCCCUGAUAACGAAGACCGCUGGAGCCAGGUCGAAGAUUUCAAAUGGAUUAAGCCAGAGCCGAGUCCUAACUGGAGCCUACUUGACUCCAACGAUGCAGUCCCGGAAGAAGUCUGGGCAGAGAUUGUUCCUGGCGGGCCGGGAUGGUCUCUUGAGGACAUUUUGCACGCUAUCAACCUCAUCAAAUGA